AUAUAAAUUUGUUUUUUUCUUGGGAGUGUUUAUUUUUAAUGUUUAUAUUUUAAGAUUUAAUGAAAUUUUAUUAAUUCCAAUUUAUUUUUAUAUAAAGGCUUACCUCCCCGUAUUCAAAAUGAUGCAACAAUAUAUAAAGGAGUUAGAACAGGAACCUUUUGAUGCUGAAGAGUUUGUGGAACGUUUGGCAUGGAGGACCAUAGCAGAGACAAGAGCUGAAGGAGACGAGGGUGAUUUAAAUCCAACGUUGCUACAUGAAUCGUUUGUGCAAGCUAUAAAAGAUUUAACGUUAUUACAAGAACGCCAGGAAAAGAAAUGUGAAAGACUCGAAUCGACAGUGAGAGAUGAUGAAGCGAUGUUUUUUCAAGAAAUCUAUAACUUAUUAGAACAAAACAAGCAAUCAAUGGACAAUUUUCAAGAACUAGACAGUAAAAUUAAUAUUGUUGCCACCAAAGUGCUCCAUUUAGGUGAUCAAUUGGAUAGUGUAAAUGGCCCUAGAGCUCGGGUGGUAGAUGCACAAAAAUUACUCUCUCAUCUCAGUGAAUUCCUUUCAAACGGACCUUUAACUAGCUCUAUAUUUAAUGACCCAUACAGGAUUGAUGAAGCAGCUGAUGUAAUUCAAAAGUUAUUUUUGAUAUCUCAAGAUCUACCAUCUCCAAAAUUUGAGAGUGUCAAACGUAAAAUAGAAAGAACAUAUUCCGAUAUUGAGAAAGCAUUAAUUGAAGAAUUUGUCAGGGCUAUGACUAAAGAAGAUUUAACUAGAAUGAGGACUAUAGCAAAUGUAUUGUCGCAAUUUAAAGGGUACAGUCAGUGUGUCGAUGCGUAUAUUGAUCAAAGCCAAACAGGUUGUCUGCUUGGUAAAGAUGUAUUUGCCAACUUAGUACUCCUUUGUAAACAUAAUUAUGACAUUAUAAGGGAGGUUUUUAAUAAUUCUGAGCAAGUUAUGGCUAAGUUUGUCUUAAAUUUGUAUCAGCUCAAGCUGUCUGACUAUAUUGACUCAAAGUUAAGCGCGAAAAUGGGAAGUCACGGAUACUUACAGAUGCUCUAUGAGUUAUACUCAAAGACAAAUCAAUUUUCUAACGAGCUCAGUGUCUAUAACUUGGGGAAUGACAAGAACUAUUUAACAAAAUUAACAUCUAACAUAUUUACAAAGCAUAUUAGUGAAUAUAUCCAAAUUGAACUUAAAUCAUUAAAAGACAGAUGUGCUACAAACCUUCAGAGGUAUUACGAUACAAAAAAUCACCAGAAAAAGCAGAUUCAAAGUGGAGGAUUUCAAGACUUAAGAAGAGACUUACAAGCGGUUAUAGGUACAAGAGCAAAUAUAAACAUAGCCCAAAUAGAGAAUUAUGGUGGGGAAACGUUUCUAUCUGAAGAACUAGCGAUUAUGAUACUUCAAGACACCAAAAAUGCUUUUUCUAGGUGCCAAUUAUUAUCAAAACCUGAAGAAAGAGCUGGCAAUGCUUCAAAAAUUCUUAACACCUUGGUAAAUAGCCUUCUGAUAGAGCAUGUCGACUAUGCUGUUGAAUUAGGGCUCCACGCUAUUCCUGUGGUUGAGGGGGCUAAAAAUUCCCCUGUUCUUUAUUUCUUUACUGUAGUUCAUCAAAGUAACAACAUUACACAUCUUGCAGAAAGACAAUUUAUGGAUUUGGUAGUCCCAUUAGUUCAUAAUACCCCUUACCACAAUGAUUGCAUCCAAAAAAAGAAGUUUGUUCUUGAAGAUAUCGAGCGCAAGAUAAAUUUGGGACUUGACAGGUGUUUGAACGCUGUUACUACGUGGGUUAAAUUAUAUUUGCAAUCGGAACAGAAAAAAAGCGAUUUCAAACCUGAAACUGAUGAUUUCGACACAGUAGCUUCGCCAGCUUGUAAACACGUGUCUCAAUACAUAACCAGCAUCAAGAAAGAAAUUCAAACAAGUCUCGAUGGAAAUAAUGUAACGGCAGUUUUAGAAGAAUUUGGUAUUCGUUUACACAGAACUAUCUACGAUCAUAUGUUGCAGUUUCAAUAUAACACAGCAGGUGCCAUGAUUGCGAUAUGCGAUUUGAAUGAAUACAGAUCCUGUACUAAAUCACUGGGUCCCCUUGUAACUGAAUUAUUUGAAACUUUACACGCAUUAUGUAAUCUACUUUUGGUAAAAACAGAAAAUUUGAACCAAGUUUGCUCAGAAGACUCCUUGGUGAACUUGGACAAGUCUAUUCUACAUAACUUUAUUCAACUCAGGAGCGACUAUAAGGCUCAAAAACCAGCCUUUUUUAAAGUUUAAUAUCUGUAUAUAUUGUUAUUUAUUUAUUAUUAUAAAAUAUAUUGUAUUUAGUUUU